UCCCGCUCAUCAUGUGCUGGUAUUUAGAUCACAUGACUGAUCUCUCACCAUAAACACCGCUUACGUGGCUCCACUGAAGCCCCGCCCCUCCAGUCAAGAUCAGCGUUGUGAUUGGACCAAACCGUGAUUCACUGUUUUUUAUAGCGUCCUCUAAGCCCCGCCUUUGUGCUUAACGUAUACACGUCAUGACGCCGUGGCGGAAGUGGUGGCGGAGCAGAGAACGGCGAAGAGACGAGUCGAGGGGUCGGAGUUUCUACUUCUUUCGUCCUCUCUUUUAGUUCCUGGUGACUUUAGGCCGGAGUUUCGGAGCCAGGACGGCGGAGCGGCAGCAGCAGAAUCGUCGACUCGUUUUCAGGCAACCAUGGACCACAUGGACCACAUGAACCACAUGGACCACACGAACCACACCGGCUCCAUGACGACGGACCACAGUCACCACACCAUGUCUCCCACCACCGGCGGGGGACACGACAUGGGAGGACACGGAGGACACGGAGGACACGGAUGCAUGAGCAUGGUGAUGACCUUCUACUUCGGAUACAACAACGUGGAGCUGCUGUUCACCGGGCUGCUCAUCAACUCACCUGGAGAGAUGGUGGGGGCGUGUAUAGGCGUCUUCCUAUUGGCCAUCCUCUACGAGGGCCUGAAGAUCGGCCGGGAGGUUCUGCUGCGUCGCAGUCAGGUCAACGUCCGCUACAACUCGAUGCCGCUGCCGGGCACUGACGGGACGGUUCUGAUGGAGACGCACAAGACGGUCGGUUAUGGAUUAAAAGGGGCGGAGCCUCCUCACCUGUCAACAUUAUCUCCCAGGCAGCGGAUGCUAAGCCCCGCCCACUUCAUGCAGACCCUGUUGCACAUCAUCCAGGUGGUCAUCAGCUACUUCCUGAUGCUCGUCUUCAUGACCUACAACGGUUUCCUGUGCAUCGCCGUGGCAGCCGGUGCCGGCAUGGGCUACUUCCUGUUCAGCUGGCGGAAGGCGGUGGUGGUCGACAUCACAGAGCAUUGCCAUUAGCCAUUAGCCGUUAGCCAUUAGCCGCUGUUGGCAGCCUUUAGCGGUGCUAGGAGGGUUAAUUUCUGCUGAUCACAAUCAAAUAGUGCUGACUAAUGCCUAAUUUAUACUACUACGGGACUGCGUGGGUAUCCUGUCCUACUCUGGUUCACUAUGUAACAACUCCACCCAAACACUAGGUGGCACUGUGUCUUUUUACCAGUCGGGUUCAUUUUGUUUGUACUUCCUGCUUCACUUUCAUCAACAGACACUCAGUUACAACAUGGAGGAGGUGGAGAAGCAGCCGGAAACCCCCAGCUACCAAGAGAGCUAGCCAGGCUAGGCACUAGGCUAACGUCGUAGCCUCUGUCAAUUUCAUGCAGUAGUAUAAAUUACACAUCAGUCUUCACAGUAGUUAUCACACUAGUGUUGAACUUAAAAACGUUCAUUUUGUUUAAGUUGAAUAAUAGUUCUGAUUCUUUUCUCCCGGGUGGACUUUCUAAACACUCGCCUGCAGUCGACUGCAGAGGCGUCAUUUAAAGGUGACGUCGUUUAAAGGUUGCGUCAUCUAAAGGUGACGUCGUUUAAAGGGGACGUCGUUUAAAGGGGACGUCGUUUAAAGGUGACGUCAUCUAAAGGGGACGUCAUCUAAAGGUGACGUCAUUUAAAGGUGACGUCAUUUAAAGGUGAUGUCGUCUAAAGGUGACGUCAUCUAAAGGGGACGUCUUACCUGUUCCCUUUUCCCUGAGAAAAGAAUCAGCACUAUCGUGCUUGCAACGAGCUAAUGGAACGGAGCUAAUGAAGUUAGCUCAUUAAACACACUAAAUUACAAACGUUGCCAUGGUGACGUGCUACUGUAGGUUAGCUUUCACACUAACAACCACAGCACUUGGUUUGUUUUUUUUAUUAAACUCCUGGUGAACAAACCGACCAAUCAGAGGUCAGAUCAGAUCAGCCCAACGUUUCCCAUUGGUUCUGUCUUUUAGUGCCAUGAGUGACUUUUAGCUCGUUAGCUUAGCAUCAGUGAUUAAAGUAAUUUAUUAGUGAAGGUUUUGAUUGGUUAAAGAGCAGCGACUUGUUUUUAAACUAAAUAAAGAUCAUUUAAACUUUAAACAUGUUUUACAACUUUAGAUUCGACUCGACCUUCAGUUAAUUGUUUUUUUUUAAUUAUUUUUUGUUGUGAUUGGUUCCUCAGUGAAGGGGGCGGAGCUCAGAUCUUUUAUUUAAUCACUUUCAGGCCAGUUUAUUAUCAUUUUUAUUUUAUCGGCUCCAUGGUGAAACCGUCGGCCUUAAAGUUGCCUGCUGCCUUAGGGGGGUGGGGGGUGGGUUUACCUCCUGGACCAAUGAGAUUUAAGGGGCGGGGCCACAGUUACUGGACGUGUUUAUGAAUGAAGUUGAGCUGCACAGAGACACCAGAAGUAAAGAGACGCCGUGUCUCUGUGUCUCACUGUCCUCUGUGUCUGUCUUUCUGUCUCUGGUGUAAAUGUGGUGUCCACAUACUUUUGGCUCCCUGUGUGUGAUGAUCAACGUCUCAAAUGUUUAAAUGUGUCAAAUGCUGGAAUCAUUGAAGACAAUAAAGUUUAUGUAGAAAA